AUGUCGGGCCGUUCUUCGGUCCGGCUCCUCGGACUCGUCUUCACAAUUUUCACAGUAUCUUUGCUGUAUUCGGCGGUUGCUCUAUUUUCAAUCAGAUCUGUACCCCUCGAAGACCACGGAAUUAUUGAAAUACGACAUCAACGCGGGGUGGGCGCCCAUCCAAAAGCGCUGGCAAUUCGGGAAGCGCAGGCCGCCCCAAAGUCCGCAUUUAUCGAAAUCUCUCCCCGAAACUAUGCUUUUUAUGCGGUGGCUGAUGGUAGAAAUGGAAACAUGGGUCCUCCUCAAAUCCGAAUUCUGAUGGCCAUCGAAUCAACCGAUGAAUACACUUGUCAGUACCCAAAAGGAAGCGUGGUGCCCGGGAAAUUGUACGAAUUCAGCGAAAAUCAUCGUAAACCCGAGCGGGCUUUCUAUUUGAAUUGCCCGCUGCCUGAAAACGAGAACUUGGAUGAAGUUGAUGAAAUAAAAAUUAUACACCGCGGGAACAGCAGCGCUGUAAUGGGGAUCAGCUACCGUAUUCCGCCGGAAUCGGCGGUGAGUCCAGAUCUGAAACUGUCGAUUUGCGUACCCGUGAUUUUUGGGGCAAAAUACACAGCUGCGCAUUUGAUCGAAUUUGUUGAGAUGAACCGGAUGCUGGGUGUUGAUAUGAUUUCAAUCUAUGCGGGCGCAGAUUUGGGUGGUGAUGCGAGAAAAGUUCUGGAGGCCUACGAGCUCGAGGGAAUCGUGGAAGUGAUCCCAUAUUUGAUGCCCUUUGCCCCGAGUUCUAUUUGGUAUUAUGGACAAUUGAUUACGGUGACGGAUUGCCUUCUACGACAUACCGGGAGGUCGAAAUUUGUUGCUUUUCAUGAUUUGGAUGAAUAUAUGAUUAGCCAAGAAAGCGAUGGUGAUGCCUUAGUGAAUCGAAUUGCUGUCCUGGAAAAGCUCUUCGCUAACGCGAAACUUGGUUCCUUACGUAUUUCGACUUUGUAUUUUGAUCCUAGUGUUCUCCAUCCUCCAAUAACCCUCAAUAAUAUGCAUCGAGUCGCCUAUGCUGAUACAAGAUUUACAAAAUGUGUUCUGCGCCCGGAAUAUGGUAUCCAUCACACCUCGCGGGUAAUACAGGAUGACUAUGAAAUUCAAGCAGUCUCGGAGAAGCACCUUAAUCUCGUGCAUUAUAAGAAGCAAAGUCAAGCAGGGGUCAUCGACAACUAUUUCUCUCACCAUUUUGGCGAUCGCUUCUCAGAAGCCUUCCACGCGAAAAUCAAACAAUUCGGCCUGCAAGGAUUU